ACUUGGUCGAGAGCGCUAGAGCAGCACUUGGUCGAGAGAGCCUCUGGAGAUUUGCUUCAAUAGUAGUCCUUGGACGAGCUUGGAGAGCCUCUGCAGAGCAGAAAUCGCUGAAGCAGUUUGUGGCUAGCUGAAGAAGACCGAGAACCAACCUACCAGGGAGAUGUCCUUCCGGGAGGAGCACGGCAUCUUCAUCGUGGAGCGUCCCGCGACUGCAGGGGCCCCUGAGGUCAUCCGGAUUCUCGAUGAAGAUGAAGGUAGAUACCCAGCCCUUCAAAUUCCUGAUGAUGAUGUGGUGUUUGUGGGUCAUGGUCAGGCUCCUCCAGUAGAGGCAGAGCGUGCUAUUGAGGGUCUGAGAAGGGAUGACAAGUUGGAGUUAGAGCGUGCUAUUGAGGGUCUGAGAAGGGCUGAGGAGUUGGAGUUAGAGCGUGCUAUUGAGGGUCUGAGAAGGGAUGAGGAGUUGGAGUUAGAGCGUGCUAUUGAGGGUCUGAGUAGUGAUGAUGAUGUGGUGUUUGUGGGUCAUGGUCAGGCUCCUCCAGUAGAGGCAGAGUUUGCUUUUGAGGGUCUGAGUAGGGAUGAGGAGUUGGAGGCAAAGCGUGCUAUUGAGAGUCUGAGUAGGGAUGAGGAGUUGGAGGCAAAGCGUGCUAUUGAGGGUCUGUGGUCAGCUUUAAAAGGUUUUAUGGCUUCUAGUGUGGACUCUGGUUAUGGUAGCUCAGUUCUGGAUAGAGAUGAAGUCCAGCAGCUUCCACCACUAGAAGACUUCUCGCUGGCGGUAGCUCCUCCGGCCCCGCCGGAAGAGCUUCCAGAAGAUCCCAGGCCUGCCCACGGGAGCGCUGAAGAGGUCCAGGAUGUAGAAGAACCCACUCCUUCUACCUCGGUCCUUGGAUCCAGCCAGAAGAGGACUGGAGAGCGCUUCCCGUACAUCCCACUGAAGAGACCAAGAUGGGACGACUCCGACUCGGACUAGAGAUUUUUUUUUUCCAGUGCAGCGCCACUGAAUAUAAUUUCUUUCUUUCUUUCUUGAACUGGUUGACUGGAAAUGUUUGUCUCAGGUAGCUUGUUGCACCAGGACUGUUUUUUACCAGGUCACCAGAUGUUUGUUUUAGUCACCAAGUGUUUUAUCAAGUCAGCUGAACUGGUGAUGUCUUAGGUAGCAUCUGGCACCAGGACGUCUUCAUCCGUUGGCUGAGUUUAGUGUUUUAUUAUUUAAGAAGUGUGUUUUUAGAGCUGGUAGAACUGGAGAUGCUGAUGUGGACGGUUUCACCUGGGCUUCUGUGUCUGGUUGCUAAAUCUUCUAUUUUAUUUGGGUCCUGAGAGGAUUUCCUUUUCAUCUGAUGGAGCAGGCAGUCUGGUUUAGGGUCACACACACACACACACACACACACACACACACACACACACACACACACACACACACACACACACACACGCACAUACAUAUAUAUUAGUAUAUGAUAUUCUAACGUUCACUAAAAGAUGAAAGCCUGGAACACAAGAGGCCAUCGGAGCAAACAAGAUCCCACCUGAGAUGGAUGGUGAGAGGUGGUAGAAGAUAAACAAGAGACCAAGGAGGGCAGGAAGAUGGAGGCUAAACUACAACUACAGUGAUGCUUCUGAUAAUCUGGUAGAGCAGAUAGAGCAGGUCUUAGUGAGGAAUGGGACGUUUACUUGGUGACAUGAGCGUAAGCUGAUGGUGAUCUUUGAUCCGUAUGAAAGACGAGGACGAUAACAUCAUCUUCAUCAUGUCCUUUCUGUUUCACUAACUGUUCUGUCAUAAGAAACUGUUCUAAAUAAUCUGUAGAAGCGUUUGAUUCCAGGUUUAGGAGGAGCUCUCCGUGUCUGUUUGUGUCCUCACGUCCUGCUGGACUGAGCUUCUCUGGGCUUUGUGGUCCUGCAGGAACCAGGAAGGAGCUGAACAGCAGAGCUCUGACACAGACGGAGCAAACAAAGGUUUUAGUGUUUAAAUGUGCACGCGUUUAAAAAUAGCUCUUUACAAAAGUUAAACAAUAAAUACUAAAAUAUUAAAGGCUAAUAAAAUAUAGUCUAAACAUGUAAAUGAUUCAAAUUAACUUGAAUAUUUGAACAAGUUACUGUGCGGUUAAAUUAAAGCAAUAAAGACUCCGAUUAUUUACAUUCAACAUAACUUUAAGAUUCACCGCAGAACAAAAUUACGAUGCGUUUGACCGCGACUAAAGAACGGAUAAACAUCGUAAAAGAACGAGAAGUUAACGAAAAGCAUAAAAGUCAAAGGAGGCUCUAAAUCUGUAAAACGUUUAUAAAAUACUAAAAUGAAUUUAAUUAGAAAAAAUUUUUUAUUUUGACGGUUUCUUUUUUCCUGCUUCAAGACAGAAUUUAUGUUCCAACAUUAAAUGCUGUGUUGAUGCAGGUUUUGCUUUACCGUCUCGCGUCGCCCAAAGCAAAAGGCUCUGGUAACGGAACUCUCAGUAAUGAGACGGGGUUCGAUUCCCUGCAGGGCCCUGCUGCUUAUGCCGACUGAGACUAACGCUGUUUCACUACACUUUACCAUCUACAUAAAGAUAAACUAGGCUCAGUUAUUCAUUUUAAGGAAUUUUGUCAUAAAUUAUCAUAAAAAUCUAAAUUCCUCUAAACAGUGAAGA